AUGUCGUCUUCACAUUGUGCUGGAACUACCAGAUUCCCCCCUCUCACACCCGGAAAUGAUAAUCUGGAUGCGGCUCAACUUGUUCAAUACAACUACCUUGCGAAUACCACAAAAGCGGUCUAUGGUACUACCAUUGUCACGGCAGAUCCUGAUGGCUCACUUCAAGGACCCUUCAACAUGUUACUCUAUACACCAACAGUUGCACAGCCGUGGGUAAACCUACAAUUGGCCGUAGCCGGUUUAUUAGUCCCAAGUGAAGCUGAAAGCGCCGUCCUCGGUGUCCUAUCCGUCACCAAAGUGAAAUAUGGAAUCUAUGCACAUACUAUUCUAGCCGAAAAAGCAGGCUUGACUGCUGCACAAGUCAAGUCUAUGCUCGGGGGCCAUUGUCCUUCAAGCGUGACAGCACGUCAGAAAGCUGUUUAUGAAAUCGCUGUGAAGCUGGCUAAGACGAGAGGACCCUUGGACGCAGCGUCUUUUAAAGCGGCUGAAGCUGUACUUGGACAGGAUGGCAUUCUUGGAGCUAUUCAGCAAUCUGCUGCGUUUAUGUAUGCUUCGAUGAUGUUGAAUGCUGGGGAUGUUUGUUUACCAUCGAGUGUUGGAUGUUGA